AUGAGUGAAAACCAUGCGCGCCUCUCCUCCGCGCUGGUUGAGACCAUCGCCGGGCUCUCCGCCGGUACCAUUUCCACACUGGCGGUCCAUCCCCUCGACGUGAUCAAAACUCGCCUUCAAAUCCAACGCAACACUUCUCAAAUCCCGGCGAAUGCCUUCACAAUCCUCCGUUCUCUCCUCUCCAACAACCAUCCAGUCCAAAGCCUCUAUCGUGGCCUGACGCCCAAUCUCAUCGGCAACGCCAGUUCCUGGGCUCUUUUCUUCUACUUCAAGUCCAUUGUCGAGACACAACUCAUUGCUUUCCACACUCGGCCGUCCCAACCGCUCUCAGACUCAGGCCAUAAUGUCCCACCUGCAUCACGUAGCGUGCUCACGCCUUUUGAUUACUUCCUCGCAUCAGGAAUAUCAGGAACCUUGAUCACACUCUCUACGAAUCCGAUAUGGGUUCUCAAGACACGCAUGUUGAGUUCCGAUAAAGGAGCUGAGGGCGCAUACAAGAGUAUGUGGCAUGGAGCAGGACAAGUAUUCCGGAACGAAGGACUACGAGGUUUCUACAAGGGUGUCGGAGUUAGUCUCCUGGGGAAUAGUCAUGGCGCUGUGCAGUUCGCCGUCUAUGAGCCUAUGAAGAAUGUCUGGCGGAAUUUCCUCUCCCAGAACGCCCUCCAAGAGUCAACACAGGAUGGAAAAGAGGAGAAACUGGGCAAUACAGCUACGCUGGUGAUUUCUAGCUCAGCCAAGAUCUUCGCUGGUACAGUCACGUAUCCGUACCAAGUCAUCAGGAGCCGAUUGCAGACUUAUCAUAGCGAGAAGCUCUACGGGAAAGGCAUCACAGGUGUUGGGACGAAGAUUUGGAGGGAAGAGGGAAUGAGAGGCUUUUAUAGGGGCCUGGGAACGAAUGUGUUGAGGGUUUUGCCCGCGACGUGGGUAACCUUCUUGGUGUAUGAGAAUGUAAGGUAUUAUCUGCCUCUUUGGGAUGGAUCGGCAUAG